AUGCAGGCUCCCCGACGCUUGCGCCCUUGGCGAGGCAAUGCAGACGCUGUCGCAUCUUUCCUUGCCUUGCCAGGAGAUCAGCCUGAAGACUCGCACGCCGACCGUGCAUCUCGCUCAUCGACCUCGGCUUCAUGCCUGGAUCAAAAUCGUGAUGUGCCUGGCGUGCUGCUGUCAUCUGCGAGCGUAGCAUUGCUUGCGCCCGCUCUGCCCGUUGGUGGCUUCUCAUCUCAGAUUCCCUUGCAGGUGUCGGGGUAUAUGCCGUUGGGGAUGGCAGAAGAGGCAGAUCCUGCAAGCGAAGCCCUGGUUCCAGAGGCUGAUGGCCCCGGGGGCCCCGGCCUUGCAAUUCGCAGAGGAGACAAAGGUCCCGCCCACGCAGAACACUACGAGCAUCAACAGACCGAAGAGCCUCCCGAGCAGCAUGGUAGUGAUGACAUGAUGAUGGCUGACAUUGGCCUGGCAAUGGUUUCGUCAGGACUGACCAUCAUGCUGGCAAUGAUGGGCGCGGUCUGCGCCUUGCGAAUCUGCCGUGAGAUGUUGCGACGCCGCAAUGCCAGUGCAGAAGGAACCACGAUGCAAACUGGCACACCAGCGCCGGAUGGUUCGCUUCAAGCGUUUCGGCCAUUUGCAGGACAGGGCUACCGCUUAGUGGUGGAAGGUGAUGUCAGCAAGCCGCCAACACCUCGGACGUCACCAAGUGAUCCGGUCGUCGGUGAGGAUAAACGCAGCGCUGAUAGGCGAUUUCCUGGCGAGGCUGGCUUGCCGAACUUUGGGGCUGGCCUUGCUUCCCCUGACGCUUAA